AUGCCGCCACCACCAGCUAUAGUAAGCACGAAGGUAUUUGAAAAAGAGGGCGUGAAAAUCGUCCUGAUAGCUGAUCUUAGAGGAAAACUUACCCUUCUAAACGAGCUUGCUGAUAUUCAUAACGCCGACCUAAUUAUUCAUACUGGCAACUUUGGUUUUCUGGAACAGGAAAGUGUCGACAGAAUCCAUGAGUCAUACCUUCGUCAUAUUGUUGAGUUUUCUCCUCUUUUGAGAGAGGAAACUAUUUUGAGAAUAUCCAAACUCAGUAAAGUUACUGGUGAUAAUGUAGAGCAUUUGUCGAAUCAAGACUUCAACCUGAAAAUUUUGUUGAAAGAUGAAAAAUUGUCCGAACUGCAGGAUUUUAUCCGUGGAGAUUACCAGUUGAAGAUUCCAGUUUACACGAUAUAUGGGAUGUGUGAGGACUUAGUUGUUCUGAAUAAGUUUAAGCACGGUAUCUACGCUGUUCCUAAUCUUCAUGUAAUUGACCACGAUACCCUCUACAAGGUUAAUGUACCAAGACUGGGCCACUCCAUCCUGUUGACAGGUAUUGGAGGAUCUCUGUCAUAUCAUAAAUUGUUCCACCAAGGUACCUCAUUUGAUAGCAAUGAUAUCACCUCCGACCCUAACUUGGCCUCCAUUAUAGACACAAAUCCAAACCAAUUGCUGCCAAUUUCAGGCGACCCAGGAAAUAUCUGGAUUACUUUCAUGCAACUUGGUAAACUUAUUAACACUAUUAUAGAGUACUCUACAAAGAACCCAACUGAUUACAACAAAGCUAUCAAGUUCUUUAUUACCCACCAGUCUCCUACUAGAGAGCCUAUUUUAGAGCAUUUGUCGAUUUUCUUCAAAAUGGACUACACAAUUUCGAACUCUUUGCACUUCAAAUACUCAUCGUCCUAUAAUGAGCUUUCAAUCAACCCCAAUUUUGAGAGUUUCAAGAUCAAGUUCAACGAUUCCCGUAAUAAGUUGGCAACAAUUUGGAAAAACAUACACACAAAGUACGAGUCUAUGCUCUUUAAUCUUAACGAUCCACUGAUGAUCCGUUCACUUGGUCUUGCACUUGAAGUUUUCGACAAGAUUCCCAUUACUACCAAGUCUUCAGAGGUCAUAUAUCCUCUUCAACUCAACAGAGACAACGAACACAGCACCAACGACGCCGACGACUCUUCUUCCUCCACCGAAGAUGAGAUGCUUAAGACUAAAGAGCUCAACUCUAUCAUUAGACAGCUCAACGAUCUUUACUACGUUUCUUUCCAAAAUUCAUGGCAUUUCAACUUGUGUGAUCUGAGCUUAGGGCAAAUGAUCUUAAACCUCGACGAAGAGGGACGCAUUCAAAUGGAAAGCAAAUGUGAAGGCUUCAAUUUCAAUUACAGGCUGAGGGACGAUUUCAACACUGUCAGAGAUGACGAGGCUGAUAAACGUCCCGUAGGUUCUUUCCGUGGUAGAGGCAAGCCUAGAGGAAGAGGCAGAGGAAGAGGAAAGCCUUAG